AAGAACCCGAGGGGAGAACCGACUCCUGGGAACCGAGAACCCGGCAAAACGGAGCGAGCGCCUGGUGGGAAGAUCCUGCAACCUCAGAGAGUGACAGCUUCCGGAGGGCUGGAGGCCACUAAUAUGUUGCAGAUGGCGAUGGUCAAAGGCAGUGGCAUGAAGGGUUACCUAAAAACUUCCAAUGGGAUUUACACACUUAAAGCCAAGACGACAACCAUUGGGCGACUCAAGGAAUCUGCCCUGUGUUUACAGAGUGGAGGGAUCGAUGAUCGCCAUGCUCUGAUCGAGUUGAACGACUCUGAGAACUGCUUUGUUCUCCAGGACCUCAACUCCUCAAACGGAACAUUUGUUAAUGACUGCCGUAUCCAGAAUGCAGCAGUGCGCCUGGCGCCGGGAGAUGUGCUGCGUUUUGGGACUGGGGGUGACGCCUACGAGUUGCUGGUGGAGACUGUUCCUUCGAUGUUCUGCCCUCCAGUCAGUCAGCGGUCACUGUGGCCUGGACACCUUCAGAUCAUCGAGGACUGCCAGCCCUACUCCUGCCCUGUCACAGCCUCCCAGCUCCCUUGGCUGCCCACUUACACUUCCACCAGUGGCCCGAAUGGUUGGAUUCAAGGCAACAGCGCAACUGUUCCUCACCCGCCCCUGAGGAAACGGGCAGCGAGCGCGGGCAGCAAGCGAGUGACCAGUGCCCCGCAAACUGACACCAGCAGGAGCCCACCCGCUCUCAGACGAGGAGCCUGGACUAAUACCCCUGGUCGAUCUGUGGGAAACGGGGUCCCUUUAUCCAGCUCUCAGAACCAGGAAAUGCUCUUGCAAGAAAAGGAGCAUCAAAUCCUCCGAAUGGGGGAUGAAAUAAGUCGCCUAACUGUUUUCGAAAGUGAGUCCAAACGUAAAGCCACUAUCAUUAUUCACCUGCGAGAUGAGGUGGCUGCUUUGAAGCAGCAGCUAUCCCAGAUGACUCCCAGCCAGAGCGAUUUGGAAAUCACUCAGCAAUUAGUGACACUCGGCUGUGACAUUGAUGCUAAACAGGAGCAAAUUGAAACACUGAAAGAUGAGAUAACCAAGCUUCAGAAAGGCUCCAGCGAGGUGAUGCGGCAUUCUCUGACUGAGAGAGACCUGGAGAUCACUAACCUGAAGAGCGAAACUGAAAAGCUGAAGAAAGACAAUAAUAUCCUCACAGGGCUGGUGACCAGUUUGCAGCGUGACAUCACUGCCAAAGAUCAACAACUGCUACAGCUCCAAGCAGAGGCAGAGAAACUGAGGACAGAGAUCCAGGAUAAGGAUGGUCAGCUGGCAGCCAUGUCAGCUAAGUUUUCCAGAAUGCGAGAGUCGAGAGAGCAACAGGAGGAGCUGGUGAGCAAAGAGAAGGAGCUGGUGACCCAGAGGCAUAAUGCAAAACGGCUGGAGAGUCGGAUGAAGGAGUUGGAGUCAGAGGUCAAGCAGCUCCGUAGUCAACAGGACGACAUGAAGACCAGUGCAUCUGAGGAGAAACAGAUCCAAGAGCAGCUUCAGGAUGAGCUGGAGAGGACCAGGCUACUGCUUCAGGAGAUGGGCCGAAGGGAGAGGCUGGUGAGGGUCGAUCUGGAGCAGGCCCAAGCCAAGCUGGAGCGAUUCCGAAGCCGAAUCAUACAGACCACGUACUCUGCUCCAGGAGUUCAGUCUCCUGAAGAGGCCCUUUCAGAUGAGCAGGUGAUUGAGCAGAUGAAGCAGAUUAUCGAUGAGCGGGAGGAGUUCAAGGAGAAGCUACAAGGUGAACUAGAUUGGAAAGUCUCGGAGGAGGAGAGACGGCUUACCAACACAGAGGGGCUGAGGAAAGCACUGGAUGAGAUGGAGGCCCGCCUGCGGACUGACUUUGGGAACCAGGUGAAGGAAGAACUCGAGAUGCUACAAGGACUCUCCAUUGAUCAGAGCCUUCUUUGGGUACAGGAAGUGGUCACUGGCAUUUUAAGCCUCAUGUUGUCGUGGCAACAGCAGUUAGAGCAGAGCCUAUUGGACGCUGGGAUAGAUACAUCCAGCUGUGAAGGAGGAAUCAUUGGAUACUUUCAGCUGCUGCAGGAGAAGCUUCAUGGGGAAGAGGAGCAGAUAAAAUCAUUGCAGGAACAGGUGGAUCAGGUGCAGAGCUCCCGGGAGAGUGAGAGCCAGCAGCUGCUAACUGAGCUGAGGGCAGAGUGGGAGCGACAGCUGGCAGAAGAGAUAAGGCAUUCGCAGGCAGAGAUUCAGAUAAAGCACGACCAGCAACUGGCUGAGGCGCUGGCUCGGGAGAGAGAGAGGGGAACAGAAGCAGCGGAGGAGGAGAAGAGGAGGCGAGAGGAAGUGGAGCUGCACCUUGAAGAACUGAAUGAGAAUAUGAAGGUGAAGGAUCAGGAGACAGAGGCUCUGAAACUGCAGCUGAGCAACACAUCACAAGAACUGGAAGGAGUGAGGAAGAUUGAGGUUGAUUUGCGAGAGGAGCUGGAAGCUCAGCAGAGACGUCAGAAAGCCGAGAGCGAGGGCUUCAGGGGUCAAAUUGAAGAGGAGAGGCGCAGUCACCUGGAUGAGCUGUCAGAGUUCAAGGAGCAAAUCCGGCAGCAUUCCCGGACAAUUGUGGCUUUGGAAGAGAGACUGCUCACUGUUACUAAACAGCUCCAAGCAGGAGAGGAGGAGAAAAGGAUCCUAACAGGAAAACUCAGGGAGGCUAGGGGGAAACUGGAAGAAUGGGAAAGGAAUUGCACUGUGAGGCAGCCUGUCCAGGCACUGCCAGCAGUAGGAGCGCCAAUCAUGCCAGACACACAUGCCCAGGAACAGGAUAAAGUGCACUCUGAGGUUGUGAGGCUUGCAGCACAGUGCAAAGGUCACCGACACGAGGAGGUCAUUCAGCGACAGCGCAAGGCACUGGCUGAGUUACGAGCCAGGGUGAAGGUGCUGGAACAGACUCCCACUUCUCGAGUCAGCCAGGAGCAGGCCUCCCAACACCUGACGAUUCUGAAGAAGGAGCUGACAGACCUGCAGUCCCAGCGUGCACUCAGCGGGUGUGAAUCCUUCAGCGACUCCUCACACAGUAACAAUUCAGCAAAACUGAAGCAAAAGGAUUCUUUCGCCAAUUCUGAAGCUUUCAUUGAUAGGACAGCACGGUUGGAAAUGUCCGAGGCCCUGGACCUCAGUGAGAGGACGUAUCUGGACCUGGUGAAGGCUCUUUCCAGCCUGCUUGACGUGAAGGAACUUUCUGGGUCACUCUCUUUGAAACAUGUUCCCCGGGAUGAGAGGGAGAAGCUUGGAAAAGCACGGCAAAGGAACCUGGAGCUGUUGAACAGCCGAAUUGCUCAACUGAAGAGUCAACUAUACAGGAAAGACGAGUUGCUGGGGGAAUACGAGAGUGACCUGCUGCAGCUCAGACGGUCAGAGGUCACUCGACAUAAGUGCCAGGCCAAUGUGGAGAGCUUGCAGGAGGAACUGCAGCGACAGAUUGAGGAGAACAAACUGAUCCGAGAGUCCAUGGAGCGAACACAGUCACGCCUCGAACAAGAGAAGAGACUCAACAAAGUCAUUAAGCAGCACAAGGCAGAGUCUCGGAAGAAGAUGAUGCAGGAGAAGCUGAAGAAGAAAGAUUAUGAGAUUGAAACUCUGAAGAGAGAGCUGAGAAAGCAAGGCCAGGAGCUAUGUGAUACCACCACGCAGCUCGUCAACCUGCAGAACUCUAUGAGUUCUGGAAAUGUCUGA